AGAAGUAUUUUAUUCUUGAUUUAUUUGAAUGACAAAUGAUUUUACUUGAAUAAAAUAUGUCUAUUAAUGUUACCGUCAAUGGAAAUCAUUUAAAUAUACGCCGUGGAAGAAUGGUACUAUCUGAUUUAGAUCAAAUUAAGAAAAAUGAACGCGACCGUCGGCGAAGAUUGAAAGAAUCACUUAAAGAAUUUCCACAGGUCCGACAACAAUCAAAAGAAAUAUCAGAUAGACUUUUGGAACGUACUAAGAAUAUAGCUAAAGAAGAACUUAAAAAGCUUGAAAAUAAUGAAAAAUUAAAUUUGAGACAAAUAUACAAUGGAAAAAUUAUGGAAAUUCAGCAAAAAUAUCAAGAGGACAUGGCAGAUAUCGGUCAAGCACAUAUAUCUGCUGCAUUAGAACCAGAUCAUGAUGCACUGAUAGAAGAAAAAGAAAGGAGAAAUAAAUCAGCAGCAUCGAAAAGGGGAAAAGAAGCAAUGAAACAGAUUAAAAACAUUCAGCAGGAAGAGACUGUACAACAGCAACAUCAAGAGCGGCUACGUCAAAUAAGGGAAGUAGAGAAUCUCAGGUCUAGUUUGAUAGCAAAACUUCCUAAAGAAGCAACACCUAAAGAGGAUACUAUAUGUGUAUCUGUUCGAGAUGAACAAAAUAAACAAGAGAAGUCUGUUAAAAAAAAAACAAAGAAAAUUUUAUCUAAAACAUCACCUGGGAAGAUUACAAAGGCCUAUAUAAAAGUUGUAGGAAGUGAUUUUAAAACAUGUUUACCAAUUUCAAAAUGUAAAGCAAAAACAGUAGGAACUAAUCCAGAAAAUGAUUCUUUAGUUGUUGAACAGCAAUCUUCUAUUACAUCAGCUGUAGAACCAUUGUCUGAAAAUAUUGCUCAAAGAUCUGGAUCUGAAUAUGAUGAUAAAAGUUCUAGAAAAGAAGUUACAAAUAUUUCAACAAAAGUUGACAAAGCACAAAGGUAUAAUCCAGAAGACUAUGUACAAACAACUUCAGAUUCUACUAAUAGUGAUAGUUCUAAUUCGUUUAGUGAUGAUUCAUCAUAUUUUUCUGAUAGUGGUGAACAAUAUAUGAAUAAAGAAAUAAAGACAAUAAAAUAUGUUAAGUGCCCAGCCACUUAUAAAGUACAGUUAUAUGAUCAUAGUAAACAUCAAAGUAAUAUGUACAAUCAACCAGUUGGUGCAGUUGAAAAGAUACAUGCAUGGAACGAGCCAAGCGCAAUAGAUUUAGCUCAAGAAAUCGAACGAGCACAAACGGCUGAAACGCAUUUAUUGAAAAGUCGCAAACAUAGUGCACAAAAACGUGGAGUAGAUGCAGCAUUAAGGGAAAAAGUACGUCGGGAUUAUCAAAUACUUAUGCAAAAUUUAAAUCACCUUGCGAGUGAGGAACGAAAAUUAAAAGCUAGUCAAAUAGAACGUUACCCGAAAGAUGUACAUAUGCAGGAAGAACGCAGAAAAAUUUUGAAGGACCAACAUAAAAAGAAACUAAAUCAUGCAUUAAAAAUUUUAUUAAACGAAGAAUCUUCAGAACAAUGUAAAACGCAUACUAUGGAGAGACAAAUUACUCUUACACCAAGAGAAAAUGACAAAAACGUAGAUACACACGUUGUUUGGGAAGAACCAUAUUGCUUCAGUGGACGUACAGAAACUAGCAAAAUUUUACAAAAUACGUGUAAAGACAGUAAGGCUACACGUGAUGAACAAAUAUUAAAUAUGUUAAAAAAAGUUGAAAGACAAAAACGGCUUUUAUUACAAGAAUUUGGAGCAGAUUUACCAAAUGACAUUUUUAAUGCAUCUGUGAAGCCUCUUUUUGAAAGAGAUAAAUCGGUACAGACUCAAUCAACGAGUUUUCAAGAGAUACAUAUUCAAAAACCUUUGUCACCCGAAAUAAAAGUAAUAACCGCACUUUAUGAUAAAAACUAUGAAAAGGAUAAAACGGAAGAAAAACGUGAUGCUUUAAUUAAAAAAGUAGAAAUUGCUGUACAAACUACAACAGAAGAUAAAAAUAGUAUUGUUCAAGAUAAGGGCACGCAAGUAGAAUUGGUACAAGAAAAGAAAGGUAAAUUUGAAUCUAUUAAUGGUGAAGUUGAAACAAUUAUUAAACACUAUCCAAUUGAACCACAAAUUAUAGUUAUCAGACAUGAAGCAGAUAGUAGUGAAUCAACAAGUUCUGACAUUACAAAUGUAAUUAUCGAUACUGAUAAACAACGUACAAAAACAACUCCUAAAAAAAAGAAAAAUAACGUAAAACCAUUAAAGCAAAUUCCAUCAAAAAUGUUUCACAAAUCGAGUUCAUCACGCAUAAGUAAAUCUUCGUCUCCAAUAAAGAAACUUUCAAAAUCUCUGUCCAAAUCACAAUAUAGUAGCACGAAAAAGUAUAUGGAUGCGGACGAUGUGCCUAAUAAAAAAAUUAAAAUAUGUGUUGAUAAAAGUGGGCUCAAUAGUAAAGUAAAACAAUCUCCAGUUGCAAAAAUUGCUGUAGAUGUAAGUACCCAAAGCACUCAAGUAUAUUCAACAGGUACUCAAGAACAAUCUCUAGGUAAACCACAAUUGAUUCAUUCCAAAUCAAAAAGUAUUCAAAUAAAGGAUAUCUCAGAUACAUCAACAUCUUUUGCUAGUCCACCACCAAUAAAACCCAGAGACGUACUUGAAGCUUUAAGUAAUAACAUCUCUAUUCUCGAAAUGUUAGAUUCUUCAGCCAAUGAAAGUAUGAGGCUUUUAAGGAGAGAUAUUAGUCCGGUAUCAACACCAGAAACGCCAUCGCCACGUACAAUGAGAAUACCUUCAAAUAUACCUCACCCAGAAAGAAUUAAAAAAUUACUUGGAUAUGCACGUACAGAUUCUCAAACAAAUGAUAAUAAUAUACAAUCAUCUACUAAAAAUGACUAUUCAACAUCGUCAGAUUUGUCUGAAUAUCAACAAAAUGAACAUAUAUCAUCAGAAAGUAUAGCUGCAUAUUCAAAAGUUCCAAUUUCAUUGGAAUUUUGUUUAUGUAAUAAUCCAGAAUGUAGACAGAUACAUGCUAAGUUUGAUGAAAUUCGUAAUUAUGCAUUGAAAAAUUGUCCUCAAAUAUUACAAAAGUAUGAAGAUCUUCAAGUGACAUGUGCAGAAAGAAUAGUUUCAUUAACAAACCUUAUUGAAAAAGUUCGAAAUGAACAAAAAGGUAUGGAAUUUUCGUUAAUCGAUCCACAUGAUCCACAUGAUGAAACCAGUUUGAUGCAAUUACCUUCACCAAAAUUAGUAGCUAAUGAUUUGCAAAGUAUUCGUAGACUUGUAGAAAAUAUCGAAGCAAUUCAUAAUCAACUGGCAAAAACAUUAAUUGAAUCUCAAAAAAUCAUUAAGAAUAAUACAAUUAUCAAUGAAGAAACUGAACAAAUUAAAAAGGCAGAAAGAGUAAGUUCAACUAAUGGUGAUGUAUCUAAUAAUACAAGUCAUCCUGUUGAACCAAAAGUAGAAGUAGAAGAAGCCAAAAUAAAGCCAAAGAUCAUAAGCGAGGAAAGAGUCAACAUUCCGCUUAGCAGAUUUAAGAUACAAAAAUCACCUCAAAUAUUAACGACAUCAACUCCAGAACGUGACACGUGGCUUACACCGAAACAAUAUGAGAAAGAGAUGAUAGAACAGUUAUCAAAAGAAAUUUUAGAGCAAAGUGAAGGUUUUAAUAAUAAUUUAGUAACAUCGAAGGAAAUUUAUAAUUCAACAGUAAAGUGCUCGAUUCAAACUUCAACUGAUACCGAUAAUUUCAAAAAUAAUACUUCCUCAAAAGUACAAGCAGAUGAUGUAGCUACGAAAAAACAUUUUAACAAAGAGUCAAAAAAGACUAAAGAUUUUGUUCCAUUACUUACUGAUAUGCCAAAAGUAUCAAAAACAAUAGAUAGUGCCGUGCAUACUAAUGGAAGAAGUAAGCCACCAGUGAGUUUGCUUAGUGGACCAUAUAGGUGAAAUUUUAUUAGGGCUGAAAUUGAAUCAUCAGGUCAUGAAUUAUCAACGAUAAUUGAAUUCGAUACACCAGAUACUGUAAAUAAAAGUCAAAGUAAUAUUAGAAGUCCAUUGUCAACAAAGAAAAUUGCCGAAACUCAAAUAACUAAAUCUACUGUAGCAGUUGAUCCAUCAGAACACAUUAUUCCGCUCAAUUUACAUAAACAAUGUUCAGAAAAGUUAUGUAAUUCUUCAGUUACAAAAUUAUUUUCAGUGACUUCUACACAGAAAGUAAAAGAGACCUCAAUACCUUUUGAUUCACCAAAAACACUUAAAAGUACAGGAAAUCGAAAUUUAAUGAAGAAUAAAGAUGAACAAAAGGAAGAUGUUGCUCAAGGGAUAAUCAAUAAAAAAUUACAAUGCGGCAUAGUUAAUCAAGAAUCAUUGCAGAUGGAAAAAUUGCAGUCCUUUUGUUAUACUAGCACUGAUGCAAAUAAUGAAUAUAAAGGCAAUAAGGAUAAGAUAACAUCUACAAGUUCAAAUAGUUUUUCUGAAUUAUCUGGGGUUUCACAAAUAGCAAGUACCCCAUCUUCUACUAUAUUAAAAUAUGCGUCGUCUCCGGAAGAGAUGGAAAUGGCUCUCAAAAAACUUGGUCUAGGUUGGGCGAUAACAACAUUGAAAAAGACACGUGAAGCAAGUGCCUUAAGUUCCUCAUCAAAUUCUGAUGUAACACCAAUAAACGCUGUCAAAAGAAUAAUUUCACCUGUAAAGAAGCAAUUUGAUAGUAACUAUGGUUUACCAGAUUUCAGUGAUGUAUCUUCGAUAUCUAUUAAAGAAGCUAGUAAAAGUACAGAACAAGCAGUUCUCUUAAAAGGUAGAACUUCUACACCAAAAUUGCAGAAUUCAAACUCCAACAGUGGAAGAACGAAUACAAGUAAUACAAAUAUUUCUGAAAAUUUUCAAGAACCUGACGACGGUUUGAUAAUUCCUAAUAUAUCUCUCACUAAGACA